AUGGUUUUGAUGUUGGUCAAGUUUGACCUGAAGAAGCGAGUAAAGCUCGCUCAGACAGUCUGGUUCAUGUACUGGUUCGCUGUAAUGGCCGGCGUGCUGGUCUUCAGCAUGGGCCUAUUCUUUAAGAUCGAGCUGCGAAAGCGCUCAGAACUUAUGGACAACAACGAGAGCCACUUCUUGCCCAACCUGCUCAUAUUAAUGGGUCUAAUAACCUGCGGCAUUAACGCCUUUGGAGGCAAAAUCUGCUACGACUCACUAGACCCUAACAAGUUUGUAAAGUGGAAGUCCAUAUUGAAGAGCUUCUUGGUGUUAUGUGUGGUGUUCAAUGGCCUAUUGUUUCUGACGGCCCUGAUGUGUUUCUUGAUGAGGAUUCCUCUGCAGUUCACCCUGGCUGAGGGGCUGAAGAACGGCAUGAGGUACUACAAGGACACAGACACACCGGGACGCUGCUACAUGAAGAGGACCCUGGACCUGAUGCAGAUGGAGUUCCGUUGCUGCGGAAAUGACAACUACAGAGACUGGUUUGAGAUUCAGUGGGUUAGCAACCGCUACCUGGACUUCGGGGCAAAAGAAGUCAAAGACCGCAUUGGGAGCAACGUGGACGGCCAGUAUCUGAUGGAUGGGGUCCCGUUCAGCUGCUGUAACCCCAGCUCCCCGAGACCCUGCAUCCAGAACCAGAUGACCAACAACACUGCCCACUACAGCUAUGACCACUACACGGAGGAGCUCAAUGUGUGGAAGCAUGGCUGCCGUGACGCCAUGUUGUCCUACUAUGGAGGCAUGAUGAACACCAUCGGAGCCCUGGUGCUAUUGGUCACUGUUCUGGAGGUUGCUGUGACCAUCGGCCUACAGUACGUCAACAGCUCCCUGUCCACCCUGGCUAACCCGGAGGACCCGGAGAGUGAGAGUGAGGGCUGGAUCCUGGAGAAGACCGUGAAGGAGACAUUCACCGACAUCAUGGCCACGAUGAAGUCCAUGGGCAAAGGCACAAAGGUGGAGGAGGGGGGUGAGGCAGUGGUCACCACGGUCAGCUGAGCUAACCCCUCCUGCAAAAAACUGACAUCACUCCCACUUGAAAAGGAGAGGAAGGGGACGUGUGAGAUUGCUACGUUUUUCUACCAACAUUUAUUAUGUAGACACUACCACACACACAAACACAUAUUUGGGUAUGAACUCCAUGGAAAUGGACUCCUUUCAAAUGGACUCCUUGCAUUAAUAAUUAUAAACUGCAUAUUCAUACAUAGUGAGAGAUAAUGUGUAGGACGAGUUAUUUAUGGUUUUUCAUUUUGGUAAUCCCAAACCAAACCAAUCCAUCUCAGGCUUCCAACUGUCUUUGUGAGAUUUGGAUCUUUUCAAAAAUGAUGAGUCAAUUAAACGUGUUAUGUAUUGAUGAAUGGCAGAUGCUUUGCAAUCACAAGUAAAUAUGUAAUUUUUUCCGUUGUAUUGUUGUCGGAUAGUUUGGUGGGGAUGGUGGUUGCUAUGCAACCCCCCCUCUCAUGAAAGCCAGAGGUGCAGAAUGGAAGAUAUUUACAGCCCAAGAAACGCAGUGUUUUUUUUUUUGUUGACCUGUCUAUAGUACCUUGGCUUUUAGCUGAUACCGUAUAUUAACAAUGCAAACAAAUUAACCACCCCACUUAGCUCUUUUUACACUUCAAUCCCCCAAUGAAGACUGGAUAAGCUCAUGUGAUGGAGUGAAAUUAUGAAUUGAAUGAAUCUGUAUGAAUUAUGCAUUAAUGUUCCGGCACACGGUCGAAGAGCGAGGCAUCAGAACUGGGAGGUGAGUCCUGUAGAGAGGCAGGGCCAACUCCAAACCGGUGGAGGAUGACUGAAUUUGGCAGCUAAAUCUUGGCUCCUGACCCCUGUACUGUAAUCUCAGAUCAUCUUUGGUGUUUCCUUUGUGCAUUCAGUAUCUGUAUAUUGACACACACAUAUG